AUGCCCAUCCUCCCUACGUAUCUAUCGACAUGGCUCUCAAUGUCGCGACCGGACGUGCCGACGACCACACGACCCCCAAACUCCACACUCUCACGCUCACCAUCAUGCCAGAGCGAAACUGAUACUGUAUCCUUGAACGAAAGAGCAAGCUUACCCUCCUCCACCCUAAGUAACCCAAAACCUUCCCCCACAACGCUCUCGCCCGCGCGGAUUUUACUUGCACACAUUGGAGCCGCGCUUACACUCUUCCUAGCCACCACCGAUAGCACGGUGGUAUCGACGGCACUCCCGAGCAUUGUGAAGACAUAUUCUGCCUCACAGGCUCAGUAUACGUGGGUGGGAGUCAGCUACAUGUUGACGCAGACCGCUUGCCAACCUCUCUACGGUAAAUUGUCGGACCUGGCGGGGCGUAAGGUCAGUCCCACAUCAGUGGCGUACGUUCCUCAGGUUGGGUUGACGUACGUAUCCUCGCAGUUUGUCCUAUUCUCUAGUAUAGCAAUCUUCGCCUUCGGUUCAUUGCUUUGCGGGGUGGCGCAGUCUAUUACGUGGCUCAUCAUUGCCCGUGGCAUUUCUGGUGCGGGGGGCGGCGGCAUAGUGUCGUGUGUCUGGAUCAUCACGGCCGAAAUUGUGAGGGAAGAAAAGCGCGCAAAAUGGUCUCAGGCCCUGAGCGUCACCUGGAGUUGUUCGGCCGUCGCAGGACCGCUUCUCGGCGGCCUCUUCAGUGGUUCUCAAUUGCACGCAGUCAGCUGGAGGUGGAUCUUCUUCUUGAAUCUCCCCAUCUGCUUCGUAUCUGUGGUCGUUCUUGCAUUAUCCCUGCGGGGCGUCGAAGUUGGAUUCUCGCAACAUGCGUCCUGGCGCGGUCUUCUGGCUAGGUUUGACUUUGUCGGACUCGUCCUGUUCGUAGCCGGCACGUGCUGCAUCGUGAUAGGCUUCAACUUCGCCGCUUCAUCCGGUUGGACUUCUCCAUCAACGCUCUCACUGAUCAUCGGGGGUCUCGCCCUGCUGUGUUGUGCGGUUGUGUACGAGAGUCGGACAUGUAGGGAUGCCUUAUUCCCUUUGUCUUCUUUCAGAAACCUCAACGUCGGAAUCGUGCUCUGCAUCAACUUUCUCCACAAUUUUGCGUUCACUUCCGCUACUUUCUACCUGGCGCUCAGUUAUCAGAGCCUCAAUGCUAUUCCAGUACUAAACGCCAGUCUCAUGCUUCUCCCGUACUCUCUCGGCUCGUCGUUGGCGUCAAUGCCUGCAGCAUGGUUUAUGAACUCGUGGCAGGCCAAGAAGAAAGAUAUCAGCGGCCAGCGUAUGAUCAUCGUAAUUGGACUGGCCAUUGCGACUCUAGGGUUUGGACUGCUGCAGCUAUUGCAUCACCGGCUCAGCGUCUAUGCCCAAUCCAUCAUUCCACUUGUCGCUGGCAUCGGCCUCGGCAUGCUAUUCCAUGCUCCCUACCAGGUCUUUGCUUGCUCGCUCCCACCACAGGAUCUCGCAGCAGCGACCAGCGCCUUCUUUCUUGUAAGAUUCACCGGUGCGACAGUCGGACUCGCACUCUCUGGCGCUAUCUUCUCUCGCUUCGCCGGUUCUGCGGCCUCGUCUCAAACUGAUAGUUCACCCGCAACGGUCCACGCUAUAGCGCAGGCUCUCAGAUACAUCUGGAUUCUGUGCACGCCUUGCCUUGGCAUUGCAUUACUCCUUUCCUUUUUCCUGCGCAACGUCAACUGUGCCACACAGUGCACUCAGCCAUCAUCAUCGGGGGCGAGUACGAGCGAAAAGAGUACCGAAAAGGAUGAGAUCGUCAUAUCAGGAUCCGUCGCAUAG